CCCAUCAAAUCACACGUACGGGACACUGACGGCUGAUUUUGUCUGAGAAUUCCGCUGAAUGACGUAUUCUUGCGUAGCGCAGCAGGCGAUCUCUAAGUUAGACUACACUAAGUCUUUAAGAUAGAGUCCAGAAAAAUAAUCUCAAUAUGACGGCAGCAAGAUCAAGACUCCCUCCAUUACCCACUAUCAGAGAAAUUAUCAGAUUAUAUGGACUUCGAGCAGAAAAGCAUCUUGCUCAGAACUUCAUCCUCGAUUUGAAACUGACAGAUAAGAUUGUCCGUCAAGCUGGAAGUCUCCAGGGAUCCCAUGUUUGCGAGGUAGGACCAGGACCUGGUGGUAUCACUAGAUCUAUCAUCAAUCAAGGAGUAAAAGACCUCUUGGUUAUUGAGAAGGAUACCAGAUUCAUCCCCAGUUUGGAGAUGUUAACUGAAGCAACAGAAGGGAGAGUGAGAGUAGCUUGUGGUGAUAUCUUACGGUUCAAGUUUGAAAAUGCCUUCCCUGGUCAUAUCAAGAAAGAAUGGGAUGAUGAUCCUCCCAAUCUCCACAUAAUUGGAAACCUGCCUUUCAAUGUCUCUCUUCCUCUGAUGUUACGAUGGUUAGAAGCCGUAGCCGAGAGGACCGGUCCAUUCUCAUAUGGGAGAACCCGUAUGCUACUCACAUUCCAAAAAGAAGUUGCCGAGAGAUUAACAGCGCCACCUGGUGACAUCCAGCGAAGCAGAUUGUCAAUAAUGGCCCAACAUCUAUGUGACAUCAAACAGUGUUUUGUGAUACCUGGAACAGCUUUCGUUCCCAAACCACAGAUAGAUGUGGGUGUCGUUCAUCUCACCCCACUUCAAGAGCCAGAGAUAAAGGUACCCUUCAAAAUGGUGGAGAAGCUAGUGAGGUGUGUCUUUCAUUUCAGAAGGACAUACUGCAAACGUGGAAUUGAGACACUGUUUCCAUUGGAGAGACAGGAUUUGACCCAGGAAGUGUUUGAUACCUCUGGAGUUGACCCCACCCAACGACCUCUGUGGUUGACCAUGGAAGAGUUCAAUGCACUCUGUCUUUCCUAUAGAAACAUAUGUGAGCGGAUACCUGGGAUGUUUGCCUACAACUACAGAUGAGAAAACAACCGAUGUUUCCAAAAGAAUUGUCUGCGGUUAGUUUCAGCAGUUGGUUGCUGAAGACAUGGCUUUAUGUCCUAUCCAAGGGACAAUGCGAUGCGAACCUGGGCCGCCAGACUACGGAAUCAAAUGAAUGGUUUCUAAGAACUUGCAUGGUUGGAGAUCAUGUAAUGUGUGAACCUUCUCUGCAACCUCAGUAUUUGGUUGCAAAAUACAUGGUUUUACAUCCCAUCCAAGGGAUUUUUGGUACGAACCUGAGCUGCCAGACUUUGUUAUCACAUGAGUGUGUGACCGAAAAUAUGACAAGUCUUGGCUUUAAUCAGUUUAAAAUCUAAAAAUUUUGAGAUUUAUAACUAAUUUAAUAUCAGUUAGUUUAAUUUUAGUUAGUUUAGUGUAAUUUCAUUUUAUUCAUUGGAAUGUCAAAAUGAAAUUAAACUUUCAAAAUCAUGCUUCUGAGUAAAGUCGCACACGUGACCCACUUCUUUUGACCUCUGACCUUGAACCUGCAUAUUGAAGACAGUAAAUAAUAUUUCCAAGUGAAAGCUGACUAAACAUGUAAAUGUUAUAUAACCUUUGAUUUGCUAAAUCUCUAAGAUUUUUGAAUUUAUAACUAAUUACAAUAAAGAUUUCUCAUAAUUUUGUUCACACAUGUGACCAAGAAUGGCCCAUGGAUGGUUCUUAGUAAAUUGUCUGGAGUAUCAUUUCAGUGAGAGAGCAUGUAAUGUGAACAUUGUCUCCACAAUAUCAGCAGUUGGUUGUGGUAGACAUGGCUGUACAUCCUAUCCACAGGACCUAAUUGCGGAAUGAGUUACUGGACCAUUGAAUUGAUGCUCUUCACCAACCAAGCUAUCACACCUCAUCUGCCUUAGGAAUUGAUUAAGGUUUCAGUUGUUUGAGGGUGGACAUGUAUGUAAUAUGUGUCUGUAACAUCUCUAUUACACAGUUAUGUUGUUGAUCAAUGUAUGGUAUUAUAUUAAAAUGUGGUCUACCAGCACAUGGUCUAAUUCUUAGUCUAAUUUGGUUUAAUAUCAAUCAGGACUUAUUGCUAUUUGGUCUUCCCUAUGUUCGGUCUAAUACCAAAUGAGUCUUAUUUCUCAUUUAGUCUAAUAUCCAUUUGGUCGUCACCACUUUGUCUAAUUGUUAAACUUUUCCAAAUGAUGGAGAUAUUAUAAUAAUGAUAAUACAUAUGAUUUAUGUACUGAACUUUCCAUCUUGAUUAGGUGCUCAAGGUGCAUAAGAGCAAAUGAACAACUCCCCAAUAUGGGAUAAGUUAAAAUUUUAUUAAUCAAUAGAUAAAUGGAUGUUUGUCUAAAUGAAUUCUUAUACAUGUAGGGUGUGUGUUUAAGGUACAGGUUGCCCCUGCAAGUUGCCUCUGAUCUUUGUUGAAUUCAACAGGGUCGGCCCCUUAUAAGUGAAGGAAGGUCAAUUCUCCCCUUCACCCUAGAUUUCUUUAAAACCAGGGCUCCGUAACACAAAGGUUUUUGAUGAAUUGCAAAUAUGAAAGAACCGCACUGAUUGGUCCCUGGC